GGGGAUGAGGCGGGGUCUCAGCCCUAUAUAAAAAGAGCGGCCAGGGGCGGAGUGGGGUAGAGGGUGGGUUUUUUUUUUUUGUGUAUGUGGGUCUGUGUUUGUCUGUGAGCGUGUGUUCGGUUGGACCCGUCUGAGAGCGGCGCUGCACUUCCUUGCUGUACGUCCUCCCCCGCCUGGGUCCGGCUCCGGCUUCGCCAUGACCACCACCACCACCUUCAAGGGCGUCGACCCCAAUGGCAGGAAUAGCUCCCGGGUGUUACGUCCUCCAGGUGGUGGAUCUAAUUUUACUUUGGGCUUUGACGAGCCUAAUGAACAACCAGUGAGAAGAAACAAAAUGGCAUCUAAUAUUUUUGGAACAUCUGAAGAAAAUCGACCUUCUUGGGCCAAGUCAGCAGGGGCUCAGUCUAGUAGAGAUGAUUCUGAACCAUCUGGGCUCCAAAGAAGAAACUCAUCUGAAGCAGGUUCUGGAGAUUUUGUAGGUCUAAAGGGAGAAGGUGAUGUUCAUGAAAAUGUGGAAGCUGAUUUACAAGUUGACCUGGGACAGAAUGAAGAGAAAUCUGUUCCUGCUGCACCUGUUCCCAGUCCAGUUGCUUCAGCACCAGCACCAGCACCAUCCAGAAGAAAUCCACCUGGUGGCAAGUCCAGCUUAGUCCUUGGUUAAAUAUGACUUUUUUUCCUCCCCUCCAUGCUUGUGAACUGCACAACUUGAGCCUGACUGUACAUCUCUUUAAAAUUUCUUUCAUUAAAAAAGCACUUUAUGUACUACUGCCUUUUUUUUUAAUUUUUAGAACCAGUGUCCCCCAUUUUCCAGGUCUGCAGGCCAUGGCAUGAGUGUUCUCUAUAGUAGAUUGCUGAGGGAACACUUUAUGAAGCUUAGUGAUGUGUUUUCAAGAACUAAAAACUCGGUUCUAAAUGUGUUAGAGAGUUUUUUGUACCUAGGUGGUUUUUUAAACUCCAUUCUUGAUCAACCUUUUUGAUCAAUCGAGGCUCAAUAGACCCAUGAAAACAGUCUGAAGGUACA